CGUUGUCAAUGAAGUCGACAACAACGAUGGGGCGUUUCACGCCAUUCAUCUAUGUGUCCGYCCUUCUGCUCCGGUUKGCGAUGCAACCGGGGAUCCUUUUGCUCAAGUUYGUAUCGAUUGCCACGAACAAUGCGGAUGGGUUUUCGACGACGAGGAACACACCGAUGUGCUCGAUAAGCUUUCGAAAGAACUUUGAUUCGUCGAUCAAAAACAAUCCUUUCGCGUCAUCGUCCGGGGCGUCGUCGCUGUUUUCCUCCCCGGCUGUUCAAGAAGAAUUCUCCGAUAAGCCAGUUUCGAACAGCAAUCCAGAAACAACGGACGCUAUAGAUACCGCAGAGUUAAGAGAGGAAAUAGAAAAGCUUGUGAAAAGCAAAUCUUCCGUUGCGCCAAUAAAAGCAACGAAGGUUCUCGACGAAAUGUUUGAGUUUUAUGMGGGUAUGAAUACAAACRGCACCACGAGUGUUGCCRCUGAGACGACAGAAAACGAUGGGCCAUCGUACGGACAUGGAAGCAAUACCACUAAAAUAUAUACASCAUUCAAUGUCCACGAUUGCACAAAGGUUAUCGGCGCUUGGUCCAAAUCGCGACACAAGAAUGCUCCGAAGGAAGCACUCCGGAUAUUGAAGAAGAUGAACRMAAUCUACAAGAAGAUUGGGGGCAAACACAUCCGUCCGAAUGUUGUAACGUAUACAUCUGUGAUAGCGGCAUACGCUCAGAGGGGAGAUAUCGAUGGUGCUUCCACCGUGUUCGAGAUGCAGGUGAACGAUUUCAAAAACGAAAAGAAUUACGCGGCCAAGCCAAACKCCCGAACCUUCAAAACCAUGAUCAAUGCUUGCACAAAAUCUCGUGAAAAGUACGCACCGGAAACUGCCGAAAAAAUACUAGCAACGCUUAGUGAUUGGUAUGCCUGUGGACAACUGAAAGAAGGACCUUGCACAAUUACCUACAGCAGCGUAAUCAACUGUUGGACAAAGAGCAGCUUCGAGGAAAGUCCGGAACGGGCCCGGGCGCUCCUUGAAACGAUGCUUUCCCAAUACAAGGAAGGCAACACCAAUGUCUGCCCUAAUGGUAUUACCUAUGCGUCUGUACUGGAUGCAUAYGCACGAUGGGGAAAUGUUGAGGGCGCCAUGGAGGUUUGGGAGAUGAUGAAGAACGACUACCGAUCGGGGAACAAAGAGGCGCGGCCGGUGGUAUACAUGUACACGAUCCUCAUCAAAGCGUGGGCGAAGUCGGUUUACCCCUCCGCACCCUAUGAAGCCGAAAAACUUCUCWUGGAAGUUAUUGACUUGUACUCCAAGGGCGAGCUCGACGAAGGCCCAAACAAUUUUACCUAUGGAACACUGAUCAAUUGCUGGUAAGAAAACUCGAUACCAUGACAUUGCUUCUCGCGACGAUCGAUCCUUUCGUUGAAAUACAUGAUCUUACCUUUCUGUUUCCUCUUUUUGGAUUCCUCGUYUUCGCAACAGGGCAAAGUCCCAAUACAGCGAGGCCCCACAGCGCGCCCGUGAAAUCUUAGAAUCGAUGAUUGCCGAAUACAAAAAUGGCGACGAACGACUCAUGCCGAAUUCGGUGACCUACGGUGCGACCAUGGAUGCAUUUGCGAGGAAGGGCGAUACCAAGGGUGCCAUGGAAAUCUUCCAGAUAAUGAAAGAGGAUUACGAGUCGGGCAACAUUCGCGCGAAGGCCGAUGUCAGGAUAUACGGAACUCUCAUGAGUGCCCAUGUUCGAUCGGGGGACAAAAACGCACCACUGGAAGUCGAGAAACUCUUGAUGGAGAUGGUCGACCUCUAUGCUAAAGGAGAGUUCACGGAAGGUCCCAAUACGUUUAUWUACGGCACUCUCAUCAACUGCUGGAGCAAAUCCGAGCUGCCCGAGGCACCGAGGCGUGCUCGAGAGAUUCUCGAGGCGAUGAUCGCCCAGUACAAAAAGGGAGACAAGCAUCUUACCCCGGAUUCGAUUAUCUACAAUUCCGUUCURGACGCCUGCGCACGACAGGGAGACAUCGAGGGGGCCAAUGCCGUGAGGAAGCUGAUGCAGGACGAUUUCGACUCGGGAAACAAGCGCGCCGUACCGAAUCUUCGAACCUACAGCAUGCUCAUCUACGCCCAUAGCCGGGGCGGCAAGCCCAACGCACCGGCCGAGGCAGAGAAGCUACUGGUAGAAAUGCACGACCUCUAUUCCAGAGGAAAACUCAAAGAACCCCCCAACACGAUCUCGCACAGCAUAGUCAUCAACUGCUGGGCAAAGUCCAAUUUUCCCGAGGGCACCCAGCGUGCACGCGACAUUCUGGAAUCUAUGCUGUCUCGGUGCAAAAACGGCACGAGCAACUGCAGGCCCAACGCAAUMACGUACCACUCCGUCCUUGAUGCCUACUCGAGACGGGGCGACAUCGAUGGUGCGAAUGAGAUCUGGAAGAUCAUGAUGGACGACUUCCGAUCGGGCAACGGGGCAGCCCGCCCGGAACGACAGACGUUUAGCAUUCUCAUCGACACCUGGUAAGUUUUCGAAAACGUGCAUCAGUCCACCGAUCGCGAGACGAGGCCCAGAGCGCAAUGCUGACUAUUGCUUCUUCUUUGCUCUUGCGGCAUUCAGGUCAAAAUCCGAUAAGCAACAAGAGGCACCCAUAGAAGCCGAGAAGUUGUUGCAGGACAUGAUCGAUCAAUACGAGAGGGGAGACAUUUUAGAAGGCCCCGACGCCAUAGUGUACUCCAGUGUCAUCAACUGCUGGGCAAAAUCGGGGCUUCCGGAAAGCCCGAAGCGAGCACGCGACAUCCUAGAAUCCAUGCUGCACCACUACCAAAACGGAAACGAGAAGGUUCGACCCAAUAUGAUCACGUACAACUCUGUCUUGGAUGCCUACGCUCGUAACGGUGACAUCAAGGGUGCCCUCGAAAUAUGGGAGUUGAUGAACGACGACUACCGUUCCGGGAACCUCUCCGCAGAACCCAACAUUCCUUCCUACAACACUCUCAUCAACGCUUGGUACGUAACRGAUUUUUGCUUCGAAAGCYGGGAAACGAGUUGACAAUUUUCUCAUCGUUGUUUGUUUGCUACCGGGAAACGAUCCACCACGAAUUUCUCACCAAUKUUUGUUCCUCUCUCACCGGUUGGACAGGUCCAAGUCCAACAAGCAGAAAGAAGCCCCGAAAGAGGCGGAGAAAUUGCUGAAGGAGAUGAUCGAUUUGUACACGAGGGGGGAUCUGAGGGAGGGUCCCCACACGAUCGUAUACUCGACCGUGAUAAACUGCUGGGCGAAAUCGGACCUCCCCGAGAGCSCCCRGCGUGCCCGCGACAUACUCGAGUCCAUGAUCCACCACUACCAGAACGGGAUCGAGGAGGUCCGACCGAAYACCAUAACGUACAACUCGGUUCUCGACGCCUACGCACGGCAGGGAGACAUCGACGGAGCCAACGAAAUUUUGAAAAUGAUGGAAGACGAUUUUGAUGCCGGMAACACGGAMGCAACAGUCGACCUUCGAACCUAUAACAUCMUCAUCGACACGUGGUAAGUACAAGGCAUACUAAUUCUUUUUGGUGUGGUUGGAAUUUUGUUUGGUUGUAUUCUUAUUUCAAUCUGCUGUCUUUUUUCUUCUUGUACAAUCCAUCCAUCUCUGUUCUGUUCUGUUCCGUCCCGUCCGUCCGAUAGGUCGAAAUCGCUCAAUCCCGUGGCACCACGGGAGGCGGAAAACCUCAUCCAGAAGAUGAUCGACCGGAACAUCCACCCCACCACCAUAAGCUACACCGGGGUGAUCAACACCUUUGGAAAAUCGAGCCUCCCGGACAGCCACCACCGCGCCCUGGCCAUCCUCGAGGAAAUGGCGUCGAGGGCGAGGGCCGGGGACGAGGGGGUCCGUCCCAACAAGAUCACCUACAACUCCGUGAUCGACGCCUUUGCCCGCAAGCAGGACGCCGCGGGGGCAAAGAGCGUGUACGAGAUGAUGGAGGAGGACUACGAGUCCGGGAACGCGAGCGCCAAGCCGGAUCUGACAACCUACAACACCCUCAUGAACGCGUGGUGAGUCCUGUCAUGUCGUGUCAUGUCCUGUCUCGCUGCAGUCCUACGCAUUGCCGUCGCCUUGCCUUGCCUUGCCUUGCCUUGCUGUCUUUUGUGGCACUGACCGACCGUGUCCUGCCCUGCGUUGCUUGUACCAUACCAUACUAUACCAUACCAUACCAUACCGCACCGCAGGUCGAGAUCGGGGAGCACGGACGCCCACUCCGAGGCCGAGGGGAUCUUUGCCACCAUGAGGCGCCGGUUCGAGUCCGGGGWCCUCGACGAGCCGCCGAACGAUUCCACGUACAACUUUUUGCUGGCCUGCCUGGAGGGCGUUCCGGGCAAGGAGGAACGGGUUUGGGACCUGCAGGCGAAGCGGAAGAGACUGCGGUAGCAGCGGCCCGCCGCCGCCUUGGUCGACGCRAAAGCACCGAUGCAAUACUGUACUCCCUAGUCUUUUUUCCCCAAUAGAAAAAAAAUCUUCUA